AAACAGACAAACAAUACAUCCCUUUCCUGUUUCAAGUCUUCAUCCAAAACACGUUUACGUGAAGUUUGGUCAAAAUGCCACCGAAACAGAAGAAAACGACUCAACCCGCGGCUGCCGCUGCAGCGCCAACACAGCCUAAGACCACCGCUGCCAAGACUACGGCCGCCAAAGCACCCGAAAAGGCUCCACAAAAGGCUGCGCCCAAAGCGGACAAGAAGGACGCGAAGCCGAAACCCAAACCAACUCAAUCUAAGCCCAAGGCAUCGGUGCCCGCAAAACAAACCUCUAAAAAACAACAAUCGGGUCGUCAAGUAAAUAAGGCAAAGAAUGCGGCAAAUAAAGUGACGAAAGGAAACUUCCAGAAGAAGAGCCGUAAAAUCAGAACUACGGUUCACUUUCAUCGACCACAUGUGAAGCACUUGCCGAGGAACCCGAAAUAUCCCCGAAAGAGUGUUCCUCAUAGACCACGACUCGACAAGUUCUCGAUUAUUAAGCAUCCGUUGACCACCGAGUCGGCGAUGAAGAAGAUUGAGGACAAUAAUACACUUGUAUUCAUUGUCAACUUGAAAGCAAACAAACCGCAGAUCAAGUUGGCGGUCAAGAAGUUAUAUGACAUCGAUGUCGCUAAAGUGAAUACAUUGAUCCGACCCGACGGACAAAAGAAGGCUUACGUACGAUUGGCGCCCGAUUACGACGCUCUCGAUGUGGCCAACAAAAUAGGAAUCAUUUAAACUAUUUUGUCGUUUAUUUUGAUUAUAUUAUUGGAUAUAAAUAAAAAUUGAAAUUAAUAUUUAA